AUGCAUGACGGAAGGCAGGUACAUGGCAUAUGCGACAUCGACAACUGCCCCGUUUUCAACGUCGAGACAAUCCAUCUAUGGCAAGCUCUAACCUUCCAUCGAAGACCAUCGUUCCAACACAACCAAUCUGUCAACACCAAAGGGACAUCGGCUGUCGACAGGGCCGGAGACCAGGACCAUGCCAAGCGCUGCCAUCCGCCAAGGUUGCUUUUCAGAACAGCCCCGGAACAUCCUACCUAUUUCCAGCGCCUAGAACUAAUCUCCACGGCCCCGGGCCUCUCUAGCGACUCGACACCGGAGACGGUAGACACGUGCUCACCCCGACUGCAGUCGCAAAGCCGCGCCUGUCAAGCUUGGGACAAAGAAUUGGAACCUCCUUCCACCCUGAAGAAGAAAAACGCCCAAUUAAUGAGGGAUGACCAGGUUUCUAUUCACUCCCUCCGAACUUACACCAAUUUAUCCUACCUCGAAAUUUCUGUAAAAACUGGCUUCACUUUCCGUCAAGUCCAAAAAACCUACGUUGGACCUCUCACUCUUCAAAAGAGAAAACCAAGAAAAAGCCUUCUCCAAAUCCCUCAAAAGAACGCCCUAAGAAAGUAG